AUGUUAAAGAAAAACAAGAAAACAUCGCCCAAGAAAACUAAGGUUGCUGAUAUUAAUUCAGACGAGGAGACAGAUACAGAACUGACAGAGACAAGGGAACCAGGAAAUGAAGACGUAGGUAUCUACAGGCAAACAACUUCACCCUGCCUUUCUGGACCUCAAGUGGAAGAGAAGAUCUUGAUGACAUCCAGUAAAUUUCAGAUACCAGAAGAUUCAUCAAUCAAUGAAGAAAUACUGGUGUACUUUCAUGCUGUCAUUUCUAAAGAAUUUCAUUUGGAACCAGAGAAAGACAUGGUUGUCUUAAAAUCUGAAGUGUUGUUUGGAAGCUGGGAUGGUUUUACUGAAAUGUUCCCCAGCCCUCUUGGGGACAACCAAUAUCGUAUUGAAGGACAGUAUCGGAUUCCCAAGGAAAAAAUUCAAGAGAGCAUUCCCUACAAAUAUGCAGUUUACAAAAAGGAGAAUGGCUUUAUCUAUGAGACCAUCUACCAGAAAGGGAAAAAUGACUUCAUCAACAGAUGUCUAACAAUCACACCAGAGCUUUUAACAGCAGAAGGAGAGUGGCAUCAAUAUGAUGAUAUGAUCCAUCCCAAAUUGAAGAGUAAUUGGCUUUGGAAUUCUACAGAACAAACUGUGAUAGACGGGAGAAACUUUGCUGGCGGGGAAAUGUUAAAAAUAAUCUUUGAUCUUCUCAAAACUUGGAAUGAUCAGAAAGUAGAAGAAUUCUUUUCCCUACUGGAGCAGUUCUUUUAUACAUACAGUUCUCAUCUGCUUCAUGAUGGUAGAGAAAGACGAUGGGGAUUACCAUAUGAUUCAAAUCAGGUAAACAGCAAAAAUUUUAUACUACAACAGGUGAAAUACCUUCUUAAACAUUUUCUGGAGAAACACUUCAGUUUUGAUGCCAUAAAGAAGACAGCAAAAAUACCACCUCUCCAUGCAGGGAUUAUUGGUUUGCUUGUUUACAACAAGUAUCUGAAGGACAGCAUGACAAAUCAGCUUUCUAGUUUAUGCAAUCUUCUUUGCCUGCCUAAAAUGCCAAAGCAUUAUUUUCUUUCUUUCUGGAAAGACUUUGUAAAAGCUUUGCCAUAUGAAAACAGAUGCCGUAUUGAGAAGUGGGUGUUGGUCAUCCCUUUGGUUCAUCUACUGAGAGGAGAAAGCAAACCAUAUGAGCCAGUCCCACCUGUCUUGAAUCCACAGUUUGACUCCUGGACAGGCUUGAAGAGAAUCACAAGAACAGAUUUAUAUGAUGCUAGUCAUAAGAAUUUGAUCCAGAUCAUGGAAGAACAUGACUACCUGAUAGACAUUGAUCAUCUUCUUGUGCACUCUUGGAUGUCUCUGAUGGGAGUUGAUUACCUAAUGAACGACAAGUUGAUCAUGCGUGUUGAACUUAGAGACAUUCUUCAAUAUUUGCAGUUCAUUGUCAGAUCUGGCAACCGUAAACACAUGUGCAUGGUUGUGAGACAUUUGACAUCUUAUCUGAUCGAGAAAGAGAGCAAUCACAAGAAAAGUUUUGAUGACAGAGAUGGAGAGUGCUGCCUGAAAACUGCAGUAAUGCUUCUUGGUUCUGUCUGCUGUAUCACAAAAGACACAGAGUUUGGGGAUCUUCCUCUUCAGUUCCUUGAUCUAGUCUGUGUGAUUGCCAAGGCAUAUGGCCUCACUGAUUCCCAGGAACAUCCUGUGGAUCAAAUUGGAAUAUACUGUAACAAGAUGGGCGAGAUGAGCAAGAAAAGUCCAUUGUUGUGCAGCAUAAUGGAGAACUGUGCAAUGGAGGCUGCUGCACAUAUUUGCCAGGAUACAUCAACUAUGUCAAAACUCAUGAAAAUAUAUGAUUUCACAAAAUUUUUAAAACUAAUGUCAGUUGUUGUGAUGGAGUCAUGGCCUAAAGAUGAAAACGGACAUGAGAUACAAGACGAAGACUUGGUAUUUGACUACCUCAUGAGCUGGCCCAUGGCCAAAACCAUCCUCAAAAUUGCAGGGGCUGGAGAAGGAUUGACUGACAAACUGUCAGAUGAAGCACUUUCCAAGAUAGAUUUGGGAAGGUCAGCCUUUAAAUCUGUUUCAAAGAAGUUCCUCAGUGGAGAGAUACAAAUUAAAGGCUUACUUCAAAUUCUCCAGAGAAAACAAGAAUUUCUUGAUUUCCUAAAGAUAGAUGGCCUGUGUGAUGACGGUCGUUGUAAAGAUGAGAGUAACAUGAAAAUACUACUGAGACAAAGAGAAGAUGAAACACAAGCUGUGAAUUAUGAGAAACAACUGGUCAAAACUCUUCUGCAAAUCUGCCAGGAGGUUCCAGAACACGUGAAAGUUGACUUGAAUGGUUUGGAUAAGAAACUUAAGCAGAACUUUGAGACAAUGAAUCUGAGUGAAUUUAUGAAGGUUCACACACUGGAUGGCCUGAACUCUAGUGCAACAGCGAAUGUCACUUACUUCAACCUGUGUGAUGAAACCCACCAGAUGGCUUCUGAUAUCCAUGCCAUUAAAGACAGUGGAAUCUUCAAAAUGUGCUGGACAAACCAAGUGGAGGUACUGACAAGAGACAAAUCUCAAGAAGGCAACAGUGACAGAAAUCAAGAAAUCUACACUUUUGAGCAGGUUUAUAACAAAAUAUUCCAGACCUGCUACACCAACUUCAAAAGGCUUUAUGUUAGUCUUAAGAGUGGGGAGCUUCUACUGGAGGAAACUGACAGCAUAUUUAAAGCCUAUAAAGGCAAGUAUGAAGACUUGGAGAAAGACUUAAACAUCAUGUGCAGAGUAGACCCAUCUGAUGACAAAACAUGGAUCAGUGAAAGGGUUAACCAGAUUCAGCAGUACCAGGAUAUUCAUCUAGCACGGGAAACUUCCAAAAUUGUCAUGGAUAUCAAAAAUAUAAUAUGUCCAGAAGGGGACUUCAGUGAACUGAAGAAACUGCUCCAAAUGAAUGAACCCAACUUCAAGAAAAACAAUCUAAGCUACAUUGAUGAUGCUUUUCUACAUGCAAAAAAUAUUCUGAAAGACAUUUCAGAUGAUCGUAAGGAAUGUCUGCAAACACUCGUUCAGAGUAAAGACUUUAUCCAGUGGACUAAAAAAGAACUUAAAGACAUCAAUGAGCUGAAAGUGUUUGUUGACCUGGCAUCAAUCUCUGCUGGAGAAAAUGACAUGGAUGUCGAUCGAGUGGCCUGUCUUCAUGAUGCUGUUCUUGGUUACUCAUCCAUGCUGUAUGAUCUGAAGCAGGAUUCUGAUUUUGCGAAGUUCAAUGAAUCAUUAAAAAAAUUGUGGAAGGCACUUGAUAAUGACCAAAAUAUACCAAAAAAGCUGUGGGAUACUUCCAGACACCUGGAAUGGUUAAAGUCUGUUAGAGAAAGUCAUGGAUCUGUUGAAUUCUCAUCUCUGUCUCUGGCUACAUCUGUCAAUAACAGAGGGAUAUAUAUCAUUAAGGCACAAGACCAGCAACAGGUUAAUGUCGAGAAUUCCCUGACACUGCAAAUUGACGACAGUCAUAAAAACAUGACAUACACCUAUGAGGACCUCAAAGAGCUGCAAAAUAAGCUUAUGCUGAUGUCUGGAAAAAAACAACAGAACCAGAGUGAAGUUGAACGCUUCACUGAGGUGUUUGACAACAUCCAAAGAUUCACCAAAGCAUUUGUAGACAUUUACACUGCAGGGAACCCAAUUUUUAGGUGUUGGGAAGCUAAGAUUUAUUGCAAAACUCAGAGUGACCCAUGUAUCGUUAUGGAAAUCAAGUUUUGCAAAACCCAGUAUUGCUUCAAAGUAACUGGAAGUUUAGCUGAACAGCUUGUAGCUCUGUCCAAGAAGAUGGAAAAGUUUCUUGGUGCUUGGCAAGAAUUCAUGGACAAACAGAGAACAGGUCAAUACUACUUGAACUAUUUCACAGCACAACAAAUAUUCUACUUGUGCAGCGUUUUGACUCCAACAAAUAUAAAUACAGAAAUAGAAGACAGAGCACUGAUGAUGCUUUCUUUUAUCAAACCAAACUGCACAACAUUAGAUGUCCAGAGUAUUUGGAGACAUAACCAAUAUGAACUUCGCAAAAGGGAUAAUGAACACAGGGAUUCGUCUUCAUACAGUGUUAUUGAUUUUGCACAUGAAAGUGACGCAGCAGAUGAGGCAGACCAGACUCUUGUUUUGAAAGAAUUGGAGGAGUUGUGGAAUGGCUACAUGAACAAUGAGGAAAUAUUUUUCCAUGACCUACUAGACAUUAGGAGUUUAGGACGUCUCUUACAAUUGAUGACAGACAAUCCAAAUCACAAUGAGUGGGAAGCGGAACCAGAACUCUCAGAGACAAGAGACUGUUCACUCAGAAGGGAGUUUCCAAAAGGCCUAAACUCAAAACAACCUAAUCUCAUAAUCUGCCCACAUGAUGAGGUCCUGACUUCAAGUAUCUGCUUGUACAUGAACGACUACUACGGGUCACUGCCAACUUAUGAUGAAGUGCUCUUGUGUUCCCCUUCAACAUCUUAUGAACAAGUAGAGCUUUUUCUGAGAAGAUGUCUCACACCAGGUGACAUUGGCAGAAAGAUUUACUCGAUGCUCUGGGCAGACCAACUUUCCUAUGAUGUUAGCUGUGCAAUGGAGAAAUGUUUUCAGAAAUUGUGCUCCCCUACAAAUGAUUACAGACUAGUGAUCUUUUGCAGCUCUGACAGGGAGCAUACUUACAUUCCUACUGCAUUCAGUCAGUACAAAACAGACUUCGUGCCACAGGAGCCACUGGAAAAGAUCCAACAGUAUUUGUCCAGGCAUUACACAGUUACUUCAGAUUACAAGAAUGCUGUGUUCAAAGGUGGACAUUCUUUGGGUAUUGUUGCUUCCAGUCGGGCAGGAGUAGGCAAGUCGCUGUAUGUCCAAAGGUUGUACGAAAAACUUGAGAGAAGUGUUGACGAAGGAAAAGCCUUUAAGAAGUGCAUCAGGCUAACUGAACAUGAAGUUGACGACCACAAGAUUCUCCAGUUUUUAUAUGACACACCAAAACAAAAAGAUAUUAAGGUGUUUCACUUUGAUGUCACGUCCUCGGUGCAAAAGGGCCUGAAUGAAUUCAUAUUCAAGCUUUUCUUUUUGCGGUACCUGAUGGAUUCAAAUGGACAGAUGUGGCAAUGCAGCCAGAACCACUUAUAUGUUAUUGAGUUACUGGAGUCCACAAAUGAUCAGAACAGAUGUGAUACCAGAUUGGGUCGAAACGAACAUUUUACAUUCUCAGAUGUUUUCCCAAAGCUGUUUUGCCACCCACCAAAAAAGGUUAUGGCUUUGGAAAUGCAAAAAGAAGAAAAUCCAGACAUGGACUGUAGUGGCCCCCUGAUGGAUGAUGAAUGUUUCAGAAGUGAAGCUUAUCAAAGGCCAUACCAGUACCUCACACGUUUUCACAAUAAGGACAAUCUUGACAACUUCACGUUCCAGGGUACUGAAGGGACUCAUGCAAAGUGUCUUCAGAUACUCUUAAUCUAUUGUGGUAUAAUAGAUCCAUCAUGGGCAGAGCUACGUAACUUUGUUUGGUUCCUUAAUCUUCAGUUGAAAGACUGUGAGAAUUCAGAUUUCUGCAAAUUUGAGUUGGUUGGAGACACUCUUUGUGGGUUCAAAAACUUUGUGGUUGAGUUCAUGAUCUUGAUGUCCAAAGACUUUGCAACACCAUCACUAUGCAUCACUGACCAGAGCCCAGGGAAGCAACAAGUUGACAUCAGUGGACUAAAAGAAAAAGAUUUAGCCCCAUUCCUCAUUAGAAAAAGGUGGGAAUCAGAGCCACAUCCAUACAUCUUUUUUAAUGACGACCACAUGUCCAUGACAUUCAUUGGAUUUCACCUUAAGCCCAAUAACCAGAAAGGGUUUGAUGCGGUAAAUCCUUUGACAAAAGAAGUGAUUAAGAAAAACAUCAUGACUCGACAGCUGUACAAUGGCUUAAAACUUCAGAGAGUUCCUUUUAAUACAGACUUUGAUCAGUUUCCUAGAGCUGACAAGAUUGAGCAUCUGUGCAGUGUGCUUGGCGUCAAGUGGCCAACAGAUCCUGAUGAAACAUAUGAACUGACCACUGACAAUAUCCUCAAAAUGAUGGCAAUUCAUAUGAGAUUCAGGUGUGGCAUUCCUGUCAUCAUAAUGGGGGAGACAGGAUGCGGUAAAACAAGGCUCAUAAAAUUUAUGUGUGAACUAAGAAGAUGUGGAGCACCAGCAGAAAACAUGAAACUGGUCAAAAUUCAUGGAGGAACUACAUCAGAAAUAAUUUAUGAGAAAGUGAAGGAAGCUGAAACUCUUGCAAGGACCAAUAAAGAAAAUCAUGAUCUUGACUCAGUACUUUUCUUUGAUGAGGCAAACACCACAGAAGCCGUUAAUAGCAUCAAGGAGAUCCUCUGUGACAACUCAGUGCAGGGAGAAGAACUUGGCUCUAAUACAGGGCUAUAUAUUAUUGCAGCAUGCAACCCUUACAGAAAACAUACAGACCAGAUGAUCAAGCGGCUGGAAGCAUCAGGACUGGGCUACCGGGUUCGGGCUGAGGAGACUGAAGACAGACUUGGCUCCAUCCCUCUCCGCCAGCUUGUGUAUCGUGUUCAUGUGUUACCACCGAGCAUGAUACCUCUUGUUUGGGAUUUUGGACAACUCAAUGACUCAACAGAGCAAAUCUACAUUGAACAAAUAGUCCAAAGACAGGCGAAGGCCAGUUUCACUGAAAAGGACUGUAUUCCAACAAUAAUUGAAGUUUUAUCAUCAUCACAAAAGUUCAUGAGAGAGAGGAAAGAUGAAUGUAGCUUUGUCAGUUUGAGAGAUGUUGAACGUUGCAUGCAAGGAUUUCUGUGGUUUUACAACAAUCACCCAAUGUUUGCUGAAGCUCUAAAAGCCUUUUUACAGCAGCAACAAAAAAACAACCCACCAUUUUCACCUGCCAGUGACAGAAUACUCUGGUCACUCUUGAUGGCUACUGGAAUGUGCUAUCAGUCCUGUUUAGAAAACAAAGAUCAGUAUCAGAAAACUAUCAGCCAAAUUUUUCCCGAUGAGUAUACACCACAACGAGUACUGCAGGAAAUGGAACUCAUGCAGGAUCUCCUACUCAAUCGUGUACCCAUGGGUGAGACGAUUGCCAGAAAUGAGGCUUUGAAAGAGAACUUUUUCAUGAUGGUGGUCUGUAUUGAACUGAGAAUUCCCCUGUUUAUUGUUGGGAAACCAGGAAGCUCCAAAUCACUGUCUAAAACUCUAGUUGCAAAUGCAAUGCAAGGUCCCACAUCACAUUCUGACCUUUACAAGAAGCUGAAGCAAAUACAUCUGGUGUCUUUCCAGUGUAGCCCUCAUUCAACUCCUGAAGGAAUCAUUAACACAUUUAAGCAAUGUGCCCGCUUUCAAGAAAGCAAAAACCUGGACGAAUAUAUUUCAGUAGUUGUUCUUGAUGAGAUUGGAUUGGCUGAGGAUUCCCCGAAAAUGCCACUGAAAGCACUGCACCCAUUACUGGAAGAGGGUUGUGUUGAUGAUGAGCCAAAACCUCAUAAAAGGGUUGGGUUCAUUGGAAUUUCCAACUGGGCACUGGAUCCUGCCAAGAUGAAUCGUGGAAUUUUUGUGUCCCGUGGAGAUUUAAAUGAGCAAGAGCUCAUCAAAAGUGCCAGAGGAAUCUGUUCCUCUGACCAACAUGUUCUUAGAAAUAUCAGUCACUUGUUCCAACCUUUAGCAACAGCAUAUAUGACAGUAUGCGAUGAAAGCAACGGAUUUUUUGGUCUGCGGGAUUUCUACAGUCUGAUAAAAAUGUUAUUUUCAAUUACCAAAACAUCUAAUGAACCUCCUAAAGCAGAUCAAAUCACCAGAGCAGUCCUGCAAAACUUCAGCGGAAAAAAUGAUGAUGAUGUAAUUGACACAUUCCGCAAUGAACUCAGAGAUGACUUUGCCAAUGUCAGAAUCCCAACUAUUGAUUUGGUUAAGCAAAGCAUUUGUCCAGCUUCCCAAAUGGAGGAAAGCCGGUAUCUUUUGCUACUCACAAAAAACUAUGCAGCUCUUCAGAUUCUUCAACAGAUAUUCUGCUCUCAUCAAAUCUGCCCAGAGAUAAUCUUUGGGUCAAGUUUCCCGAAAGAUCAGGAGUACACACAGAUUUGCAGGAACAUAAAUCGUGUCAAAGUGUGCAUGGAGACAGGACAGACAGUUGUGCUUCUCAACCUUCAAAAUCUUUAUGAAAGUCUGUAUGAUGCUCUAAAUCAGUACUAUGUGACCCUCGGAGGUCAAAAUUAUGUUGAUCUUGGUUUAGGAACACAUCGUGUGAAAUGCAGAGUUCACCAAAACUUCAGGCUCAUAGUCAUUGAAGAAAGGGAAGUGGUUUAUGAGCAGUUUCCAAUACCACUCAUUAACAGAUUGGAGAAACACUACCUUGACAUCAACACUGUCCUCACAGAGGAACAGAAGGUUAUUGCUAGACAACUGGAGGAAUGGGUUAAGGAUUUUGUCUCCUUAAAUAGUUACUCCUCAGAAAAGGAGUAUGAUCCAAGUGAUGUGUUCAUCGGCUAUCACUCAGACACUUGUUCCUCUGUGGUCAUGCAAGUAACAGAGCGUGAGAGUACUGAGACUGAUGCUCAGGUCACUCUGAACAAAGCCAAAGACAUUCUGCUCAACUGUGCCACUCCGGACUCAGUUGUUCGUUUGGACAAAUCCAAACUGCCUACUGCAGAACGAGAGCAUUUAAUGCAAGAAUACGUUAAAGAGGCAAGGCACAGUUCGCUGGGAGACUACAUUGUGUAUCACAUCCAGCAGCCCCAGCAGUCACACGUCUUAUUCACUGAGGUUACAACCUUUUCCAGGCUGCUCACUGCAACAGACACUCAACAGCUGCAGAACCAGAUAAAGCUGGAUGCUGUACAGCUGCUAUCACUCCAGCAGUUUGAUACUGAGUACUCUUUCCUCAAGAAAAUCAGGGAAUUUCUGGGCUCAACACUUGCAGACAAAGUGCUUAUUAUCCAAGCGGAGUAUGAUGAAGGCUCCCACAGAAGGAAUAUUCUUUCUUCAGCCAAAUAUUCGUGCUUCAAUGAAAUAAACAAGUAUGACACUACUGAUGACAUGAAGACGUUUGUGUACUUUGUCAUCAAGCUACCUCGAAUGGAGGGUGGGACGACCUAUGUUGGUUUUCAAGGCGGUCCUUGGAGAUCUGUUCACAUCGAUGAUCUCAGAAGAUCAAAAGAGUUUGUUUCAGAUGUUCUUUCUUUGAAAAACCAACGCAUCAGUGAUCUUUUUGAAGAUCCACCUGAGGCCAUGGAGACAGAAGAUUACACCGGUGUACCACAAAUAGCUGAAUCCACUGUUUUGGAAGAUGCAUUUGAUACUAUAGAUCUGGUGAGAAGUUGUGUGCAGAGUGCAGUGAGCAUGCUGAGAGAUGAAGUGGACAGUGGAGAAUUUAGCACCAAGAGGGUUGAAAAUCUGCUCACUCUUCUGGAUGGAAAUUAUACUCAAGGAGUGUUUGCAGAAAUUGUGAGGAAGCGUCUUCACUCACUGUUAAAGGAUUAUGAGGUCAACAUCCCCAAUCCAAAAAGCUGGGUCCUGAAUGAGGCAUCUAAUGUCAUUUCUCUUCAAGAAGGAGGGACAUUUCUGCACACACUGUGGAGGAAAAUCCAAGCGGUUGUCACUCCACUUCUGGCCUACUUGGUCUCCAUCAUUGACCGAGAUUGCAAUAUGGACCUUCUCUUGGAUGAUGAAGAAGAUAUCAGGAACCUCUGGCUUGAAAUUUUUGGGAACAAAGAGAUGCUCAGUGUGCCUAGGAUGGAUCCAUAAGGAGUAUUAAUGGUACAAAGCCACAUCACAGGUGGCCACACCAUGUGCUGCCGCAUGCCAUUCAGUUGGUGGAUCAAAGACUUCCUAGAUGGGCUCAUGAUGCAAGCAAGACAAUCAAAACGGGAUUUCCAUGAUUUGUUCUUGAAAACUCCACUUGGCACUUACAUGGCAAAAAAUGUGAAUGAAAAAUUGAAAAAAGAAUUUUUCAAAAAGUACCUGCAGGAUUUCGUUUCCAUGACCAUGAAAGUGGCAUCAGAUGAAAAAUUAGAGCUACUUUGUCAGGCCAUGGCCAGCUGUGUUGACGAAAUACAGAGACAAAAACGAGAUGAUGAGCUUUCUCUACCGCUCAUCCACAUUGCCUAUCAUUUUUGCCAAAGCCGUCUUCAGAACCUUUCACGGAUGAUUUCUCUACACACUGAAAUUGUUUCACCUUUGCAAAGAAACCAGCAAAUUAGACGUUGUCCUGAAAUGGUUUUGGAUGUCUAUGCAGCCAAGGCAUGUGUUGAAAGCCUGGAACCUUGUAAUUUAGAGAGUGAUACCCACUGCCAGCAUUGGCUGAGGAAGGUGAAGAAAGUGCAGGCUUCACUGGAAUUGAUUUGCUCUCAAAAUAAUCUUCAACAAUAUGGUGAGCACUGCAAGAAAGUACUCCGUGAUGUCAGUCAUGGUUGGAAGCGCAUCUACAUCCUCUCGUUGUUUGUGGAACAUUUGAUGCUGGGUUUCCAAAAUGAAGACAAUCAGCUCAGGACACUGGUCCUGAACCACAUUAAAACCCUUAGUAGAGCUGUGGAGACACACUCGGAUGUAAAGUCUACACAGGCUUUUGAAGCAGUAGUUGAAGUCCUGAAGUCCUGUAAACAGGGGGCAACUAAUCAGAUUUUCAGGUUUGGAGGUGAAUGUGGGGUGUGCAUGAGAGAGCCUCUAGAACCAGUGGGGCUGCCAUGCUAUCACAUCUACUGCUUAACGUGUAUCAAGGAAAGCCUUGAUGCAGGACCGGCGUUCUGUCCCACCUGCCGCCAACAAUUACCAGAUGACUUCCAGCCACAUGUUUCUGAAGACACAAGAGCAUCUAUCAAGAAAAAUGCAGGAUUCAGGCAACGUUGCAACGGUUUCUUUAUUGAUCUGCUCUCUACUAUGUGCUUCAAGGACAAUACACCUCCAGAUGGAGGUGUCAUCGCCCACCUUUUUUCCUACCUGAUGACUGAGACAGAUCAGAAAGAGAUUCACACCAAAGCUUUAUCACCUUUUGACGAGUCUCCAGAUAAAAACCCAGUUGUGCGAUCUGUAAUUCUCAAACUGCUACUGAAAUUCAGCUUUGAAGAGGUCAUGAAAUAUUUGCAGCAGCAUUUGUCAUCUGUUGAAGAAAGCAGAUUUGUUGAUGAUGUGGAUAAAACAGAGCUCUAUGCCUUAUACAUCAACUGUUUGGAGGACUCCAUCUGGGAGAAAAUGCCUCAGGAGGGCAACAAAGCUGCAGAGUUACAGUGUUUCAUUAAUGAAACACAGUUCCUGCAGUCCUUUUUGGCUGAAGUCACUUCUGCCCCAGCAACAGUCUCUAUUCAACACCUCCAGCAUAUUGCCCGACUGCGUGUGACCCUCAUCAUGGCUUCCCAGCUCAUCAGUGACAGACUGUCAGGCAACCAUGUCCCAGAUGGAGCAGAAGAUUUUCUAAACAUGGUGAUAAAGCUCUGUAAGGACAGUGGGAAUAACUGGUACCGUGUUUACCUCAUCCGCAAGCUCAGCGAAUCACAGGGUGUUGAGUACGUUCAAACGAUGGUGAAACAACCUGAGUUCUUCUGGCUUUUCCCUGAAGAGAUACUUCAGCAGAAUGAUCAAGAGUCACACGUUCUCUGCAAGUCUGGACUCCCGUUCAAACUUACAAAGUCCGGACUUAACGAGAACGCGAACCAGCGGGACACACCUGUGGUGGUGGCGCCCAGGCCCAGAGCAGCGCCACCAGCUCCCCAAUUCUUUCCAGGUGGCGCUCGGUCUGGUCCCGCCUGCUCUUGCUGGGCGGCCGCCAUUUCGGCCACCCUCUGGGCCAUCUCCUCCCUUCCCUGGUUCCGGAAUCGGACAGUGUUCCUCCUGCUGGCUCUUUUCCGAGAGGUUACAACUCUGUACAGAUCUGAAAACAGGGGUCUUCAUCCUACUCCCAAGCAAUGUAAUGGAUUUGAUGAUCUCAUUAACGGCUCAAGAUACCUGCCUCAAACAGAAGUAAGAAAUUUUGCGUCAGCAUUGAUUUAUAACAGACUGGGAGCUCUUACCAUCCAACCUGGUAACACCAUUGAGGAAAACACUGUCAUCGAGCUGAUCAUCCAUCUAGCAGCUGUGCUGCUCAGAGGGGAUCAUCCUCUGCUGAUGCCACUGAAACACAUUGGUCUGUCACCUGAAAAUAUGCAGGUCACCUGUUUUGCACUGGGGGGAGACCAACUCUACUUUUUACUCAUGCAAAUCUGUUGUUUUAGGGAUCAAACACGUCCCGGUCACAUUCUGGGAGACCCUCAACGGAGAAACAACCCAGAUGCCUUAGAUACCAAAAACAUGUCUCUGACUCCCUUUACUCUGGUCCGGCUAGUUACACAUCUCGCCAUGAUGCUGGGAGCCUCAGAGAAACCUCAGGUUGUUCAACAGAUAAUCCAGCCACCUGUGGAGGAUGUCAGUUUGUUUCUCAGGCUGCACAUAAUAAAGGAUCUUGAACAGCUGUCACAGGCACUGGGAAAAGGAGCUGACGACACUGUAACAUCUGUUCACUUGGUGCUCAGAUCACUUCAAGAACUACCACAUGGCUCUGAGGUCGACAGCUCAGCAGUGUGGAGCUGCAGGGAGAGGCUGUCGCUGCUCAGCCUCACACACAUUAUGGAGACUAAUGAUCAAAAGGAGGAGCUCCCCCUGCUCUGGAGGUUCCUGCAGAAGGAAAGAGAAUUUCGACAUAUCAAAUUCCUCCCAGAAAUCCUAAUGCUGCAGAAACGUUUGGUGAGAAAGUACCAGAACGCAACUGAAGAGAUCGCAGGUUCCAUCAGAGAAUUCAUUGAUCAGCAAACAGACAUGAGCCCAUGGUAUCAAAAACACAUUGAGACCUUCCUGAAAACAUGGAAUGAGCUAAGAGUCUCUGUGACCGGCAAUGAAAUAAAAAUUCCAGAAGAAUUUUGCAGCAGAGAUUUGGACCUGGACAGUAACCUCAGGUACCUCCUGCCCCGUCGGCAGGGUCCAGGCCUGUGUGCCACAGGGCUGGUCAGCUAUCUGGUGACUCUCCACAAUGAGUUGGUGAAUGCAGUGGACCGUCACACAGGAGAGGACAACAGUAACUACACAGUGAGUCUGUCGGAGCUAAUGGAGCAGCAUGUGAUCAGCUAUGAUGUGGAGAAGGAUCUGUUUCCUCUGGUUUUGUCCAACUGCCAGUACAGCUUGGAACGUGGCCACGAGACAAUAUCUGAGUAUGACCUGCCCAGGAUCCAACAGCAGAUCCUCACCCGCUUUCUGCAGGGAAAACCUCUCAUUACCCGCGCAGGAAUUCCCACAUUGGUCAACACGCAAGAGAGGGACUAUGAAACCAUUUUCAAAACUGUUCAUGGAAAAGUGCCACAGAAUGUUCUGACAUCUAUGGCACAGAAUACUGUGUCCAGACAGCUGGACUCCUACAGUGAGGUGUGCGAGGCGCUCCAGAUUGUGGAGCUGCUUCUGGGUUUUCUCUCAAUGACGGGUGGUGAUCCCACAAUGAAACUGGUCUCUUACCUUCAGGAAAUACUAAAGAUGGACCAAAACAUUGAUCAUCACAUACUGAAGGCUUUUAGCAAAUGUGAACUGCAGCACUGUGUUUGUCUGUGGCAAGUCCUGUCCUCUCUCAGCUCUGAAAAAAUGCUGCAACUCAAAAGAGAGCCCUUUUCGGGGUAUCCAGCCGAGUACCAGGUGCCACUGACUGAGGAUAACAAGACUGAGCUGAAAGGAUUCAUGUCCAGAGGAAAUGUGGACCAGUGGCUGCUUGAGAUGCACGAGUUCCUCUUGUUGCGCCUGGGCCGCCCACGAGCAACUGAGGACUACAAUCCUAAAUUAUGGAGUCUGAAGGAGGCGGUCAGUGCCUACAUGGAUCGUAAAGAAGUAGAAGUCCAUCCUUAUGUGGAGGAAAACCUUCAUGAAAAUCUGAAGCUGUCUCAGAUAAUUGAGACCUGGAAAUACACCAUCACAGCCAAACAGGAGUUGAUGAAUGAGUGAUCAACUGAAUGAGUGCAUAGAGAGAUAUUAGUUAUCUAAAGAAGUAAACAAAGGUAUUUUUUCUGCAUUUAUUGAUGUAGUAAUCA